CCCUGCACAGAGCCGGCAGCAAUGAACUGCCACGCUUGCCGUGCUGCGGGGGCCCGGCUGCACCGAGGAGCCACGUGGGAGCUGCUCCAGGGAUUUGCUGCCUGGCUGACAGCGAUGGGGCAGGGCUCAGGAUCCAAAACCUACUGCUCCCGGACCCACUCCCUGGUGAAUCCCAAGGACCUGCUCACCCUACUGUGCUGGAGCUCAUGCUGCUGCCUGCUGCUCCGAGCAGCUCUGCCUGGGCAGAACUCGGUGCUGGAGCUGCUGAAGUCCAAGGUGGUGAAGAGAAAAGACAACACUCCACGUCCCGAAGGUCCCUGCUCCCCUCCUCACUGGGCCUCUCCAGCUGUUCGGAAAGGGGAAGGAAUAAGGAACAAAGCUGAGCAAGAUGUUCCAGGGAAGAAUCCAGAGCUGUUCGUGAUGCAGGCGAGACACGAAGACUUCAAACUGGAGAAGGAGCUUUUCCCUUCCCGACUGAAUGAAAGGUGUUGUGGAAAUAAAGGGAUGGAGGCUGGAGCGAACCACCCGCGCUGGGCUCCUCCUUGGCUGCCAGAACAAGUUCCUGGGACUUCAGGUGAUGAGCAGAGGGGCCGCCACAGCUGCCUUCCCUCGUGCUGUGCCCGGUGUUACAGUGUCCGUGUGUCCUAUAAAACCCCGUGUUUAAAAACUCUUCCCCCAUCCACUGGGCCUCUUGCAACACCUCUGAGAGCAGCUGGGGCAGUGCUGGAGCUGCAGCUGCAGGACAGUCUGUGGCCGUGCAGGAGCCUGGGUUUGAAACCACCCACGCUUCUUUAG